GGGGCCCGCCGGGUGCAGCCGUGCUGCCACCAUGACAGCUCUGCCCGCCCCCCACCCCCCAGCCCCUGUGUGCACCGGGAAACAGGACACGCUGCCACAGGUAGAGCAGACCUACUGUGACCGGCUGGUUCAGGACACACCUUUCCUGAUGGGCCACGGGCGCUUGAGUGAGCAGCAGGUGGACAGGAUCAUCCUGCAGCUGAACCGCUACUACCCCCAGAUCCUCAGCAACAAGGACGCGGAGAAGUUCCGGAACCCCAAAGCGUCCCUGCGUGUGCGGCUGUGCGACCUCCUGGGCCACCUGCAGCGGAGCAGCGAGCGGGACUGCCAGGAGUUCUACCGCGCUCUGUACAUGCACGCCCAGCCCCUGCACCGCAGCCUGCCCAGCAGGCGGGCCUCACGGAACUCAGAUUGCACAGAGCUAGACUCGGGCACCGCCAGCCAUGAGCUCAGUGACAGGGGACCCAUGGCCUUCCUGGCCUGUCUCGGCCUGGCUGCGGGGCUGGCCCUGCUCCUGUACUGCUGCCCUCCAGACCCCAAGGUGCUGCCAAGGGCCCGGCGUGUGCUGGGCUUCUCCCCACUCAUCGUGGACAGGCACGCCAGCCGCUUCCUGCUGGCCUUCCUGACCGACAGCCUGGGGGGCCUCUGAGGGGCCCGCCUCCUGCCCACCGUGCACCAAAGAGCCCCCGCCCUCCGCCGGGGCCCUCCUUUCUAACGCUUGUAUUCCACUCCACACUCACGGUCUCCACGCCCCAGU